AUGCCACGUUUUUGGCCUAAUGAUGGAGAAUGUCUAAUCGGUAGCAUACAUGUUCAAGUCACAAACGAAGUUGAUGAACAACUUAUAAUAAAAGAAGUUACCAAAGCUCUAAAUUCUAAAAUAAAAGGGUUAGAGGAACUAACUAUACAAGUUGAAAAGAUCGAAGAUACUUGCGAUUAUGAUAAGAGUAUCUCAAAACUACCUCACCACAGCAUAAACGUAUUUUUGCGUAUUCCGAUAAGGCAGGUGGACUACUUUUGA